AUGCCCGACGCAACCGACCCCGCUCCUGACACACACAUAACCCCCUCCGUCAACAACCCCAGCUCCGGUUCUAGUCCGGCCCCGAUCAUCCUCCGCUCUGCCACCCCAGAGUCGGAGUUCAACUCUUUGAUCUUCUCCCGCAUCUUCAACCGCCGCCGCCCCGAUCUAUCUUCCUCUGCCAUCCCCUGGCAGCACUCCCGUCAUCCACACGCCUAUUGCAAGCCGCUGACUGUCUCUGACGUUGUGGCGUGUGUUGAUUUUGCUAGGAAAAAAGACAAGCGCAUUGCCAUCCGCAGCGGGGGCCACAGCUGGGCCUGUUGGUCGAUUAGGUAUGACUCGAUUCUGCUGGACAUGAUCGACUUUGAGGGAGGGGUUGGGUCGAUCAGAUGGGAACGCGAGAUGGGUGAGGGGGUGGUGAGCUGUGGUCCGGCUGUGACGUCGGCGGGGUUGAAUGAGUUUUUGGCGGAGGGGGGCAGGAUGUUUCCUGGGGGUCAUUGUCCUGAUGUCGGGUUGGGGGGUUUUUUGCUGCAGGGAGGGAUGGGGUGGAACUGCAAGAACUGGGGUUGGGCGUGUGAAUAUGUAGUGGGAGUUGAUGUCGUGACGGCCGGGCUAGAAGUCUUGCACAUAAACGAGACCAAACACAAGACUUGUUUCACGCUGCUCGGGGUGCGGGGCCAGCCUUUCCUGCUGUCGUGA